AUGUUGCCCACGCCAACUCCUGAGCAGGACUCCAAAGGAGACCAGGAGCAGAAUGACUAUGUGCUUGUAGAUCCUGAGUCAAAAGAACCAAACCAAGAGGACGAAAGCCAUACAUCUGAAGAGGAUAACAUGAAAAGAAAAUCCCCAGAAGGAGAGGAACCCUCUUCAAAACAUCCCCGUGAAUCCAAUAGUAACUCACAAGAGUCGUCGUCUGGAAAAGAUAUAGGCCUAUCCAAAAGAACUGGAGAUGGUGGAAUUGAUGAGGACAAUCAAGGGAAUCCAUCGUCUCAUGCAAGAGAGGGAAAUGAGAUUGAAUCCCGUGAGACAGAUCCUAUUCCCGGUGUUCCAAAACCUGGUCCAAUCCAGUUUACCGUGGUAUCGGCAGAUUCCAUUUCUUUAAUCUGGGGACAUCCUGAAGGGUUCACUGGAGACAAGAAAUUCCGAGUUACCUGCAGUAAUGGACAGUCUCAUGAAACUACUUCAAACUCUUUGGUCUGUUCUGCUCUGUCACCUGGACAGAGUUAUGAAUUUACAGUGGUCACCCUUGAUGAGAACAACAAGCAAAGUGAACAUGUGUCAGCUACGGCAUACACAGAGAUCCCUUUGCCAGCAGACCUGGACGUGAAAAUGAAUUACAGCAAGGCCAUAGAAGCAUCAUGGAGCAAGCCAAAGGGACUGGAUGAGCCCACAUAUGUGGUGUCAUUGGAUUACGACAGCAAGUGCUUACACACAGCCAAGACAACUGAAUUGAAAUAUUGCUUUCCUGGUGUGGUGUUGAACAUGAAGUAUAUCAUCAGGGUUGCGGUGGCACUGAAAAAUGGCCAGCAAGGCAAGGUCGUCACAAAAAAGAUUAUAACAGGCAUCCCUAUCCCUGAGAAUCUAGAGGUGGGAUCAGUGACUGCAACAUCUGCAAGUCUGAGUUGGAGCAUACCCAGUGAGAUGGAUGAGAUUCCACACAGUUUCCUGGUCUCCUACCACAGCAAAGGGGCGGAGCCUCAGACCAUCACCACAGAGUCAUGCAGUGUAGUGAUCACAGGCCUGACACCAGAUACUGAACACGCUGUGUCUAUCUUUAUUACACUUCAAGAUGGGGCACAAAGUCAACCAGCAGUUACUUCCAUCUCAACAGAGAUUUCUGUCCCCAAACAUGUGGUCAUUGAAAGCGACAUUACAUCGUUGUCUGUGAAGUGGAUGAAGCCAGAUGGACUGGAUGAGGUGUCAUACCAGUUAACCCUCAACAGGAAUGAGGAAUGUGAAACCUCCAUCUUCACAGACUCUCUGGAGCACUGCUUUAGAGGAUUAUUACCAGGAACCAAAUACAGUGUUGGUGUGUCCACUGCGUUAAAUGAUGGUCAGAGCAAGUAUGUUUUGAACACCACCUGUACAUCUAUUCCAGCCCCAGAGAAACUGGUACUUGACUCAUUGACUCCAACAUCAGCUCGUGUCAGGUGGUCUGUAUCCAGUGUGAUGGAUCAGACUCCACACAGUUUCCUGAUCUCAUACCACAGUGAAGGGGUUGAGCCAAAGGACAUCACCACAGAUGCAUGCAGCAAGGUUAUCACAGACCUGAAACCAGGCAUCCAGUACAAGGUCUCAGUCUCAAUUGUGUGUGAGGGUGCCGGAAAUAGUGAACCUGCUUCAACCUCCAUCAAUCUUGGCAUCCCUAUCCCUGAGAACCUAAAUGUGGGGUCUGUCACUGCAACAUCUGCCAGUCUGAGUUGGAGCAUGCCCAGUGAGAUGGAUGAGAUUCCACACAGUUUCCUGGUCUCCUACCACAGCAAAGGGGCUGAGCCCCAGACCAUCACCACAGAGUCCUGCAGUGUAGUCAUCACAGGCCUGACACCAGACACUGAACAUGCUGUGUCCAUCUUAACUUCACUUCAGGAUGGGCGAAAAGGACAACCAGCAGUUAUAUCAGUUGAAACAGGCAUCCCCAUCCCUGUGAAGCUGGAGGUGGGGUCACUGACUGCAACAUCUGCCAGUGUGAGUUGGAGCAUGCCCAGUGAGAUGGAUGGGAUUCCGCACAGUUUCCUGGUCUCCUACCACAGCAAAGGGGCUGAGCCCCAGACCAUCUCCACACGGUCAUGCAGUGCAGUCAUCACAGGCCUGACACCAGGCACUGAACAUCCUGUGUCCAUCUUUACUAUACUUCAGGAUGGGCGAAAAGGACAACCAGCAGUUAAGUCCAUCAUAACAGUUGUUCCAAGCCCAGAGAGUGUUGGAGUGGAAUCAGUGACCACAACAUCUGCUAUGAUAAAGUGGAGAUCGACAGAUGGACUGCUAGAUCUUGAGCCCUAUUUUCUACUCAGCAUACAAAGUGAACAUUUUAGAGUGUCAUGUGACUACCACCAUGUCCAAAAUCUGAAGCCAGGCUCUGACUAUACAGGCAAAAUAUGCACUGUUCUUAAUGGCCGGAAGAGUCAACCUGUUCCAGUUGAAAUCCAUACACUCGUGCCACAACCGGAGGACCCCAAGGUGGACUCUAGGACAGCAACAUCUGCCAAGAUAAAAUGGACGUCACCACAUGAACUCAUGAGCAUGAAGUAUUUCCAAAAGAUUCCACACAGUUUCAUAGUGAAAGUUGACGGCACUGUACUGAGUGACACAGAGUCGUCUAACAUGGAAAUCUCAAACCUGCAGCCAGGCACUUUAUACAACGCCAGCAUCUGUACUAACCUUAAUGGGCGGUAUAGUGAUCCUGUUCCCAUUAAGUUCCAUACAGCUGUCCCACGCCCAGAGAAGCCAACUGUGGUUUCAGUGACAACAACAUCAGCUAUGAUUAAAUGGCCUCCAGUACGUGAACUGGAUGGUAUACAUCAUUCUUACAAAGUCCAAAUAGAAGGCUGUCAAGAAAUGCCUUCAGUUGCAUGCAACAUAGACAUACCAAACCUGGAGCCAGCCACCACAUACACUGUUCGAGUCUGGAUUGUCCUGAAAGAUCAGCGGAGUGAAGCUGUGACUGUGAAAGUGACAACUGAAAUUCCAAGAAUUACAUUCACCACCCAAGUGAUUGGCAACACCCAGAACAACCAUUUUGAAUUGGAACGUUAUUUGGUCAGCCAAGGUUUCACAACAGCUGAAAAUCCCAAUGAUGCAGACUUCAUCCUUGCUUUCUGUGUGAUUGUCUCUCGUGUGGGAACAGACAUGGAAGCUGCACUCAAAGAAAUAGCAGACACUAAACCUACUCUUCUGGUGGUAAUGCACCACACCUUCGAUCCUGAUUACGUGAUACCGGACACCAGUAGAUUUGCGAAGGGCAGAAACAUCACAGUGGUCGACGUCUUGUUCCAUGAGGACAAAGGCAUACUGAAAUCCCAGAAGAAUCUAGAGGCGAAGCGUAAAAUGCUGGUGAUGGCACGGUCUGUUCCUCCUAGAAAGGUCGGUACUCAACACAGCAUGAGCAUGACGAGGCCUACUGCUCAUGGACACAGCACUUCAUAUCACUCAACUGGAGCUGAGGGUGGAACACAGGCAGUCUCUCGAAGUUCUAUGCAACAAUCAUCUACUCAGACCCAAAGUUCAAGCGCUGAAGUGUCAACGCGUUCAAUCGACACUUCUUCAAGUGGAAGAGGAAAGGUCACGUAUACCACUGUUUUGUCGGUGUCUUCUGUUAAGCUGGACAUUGAAAGAGCCUGCAAAAAAAUCCCAGACAGUAAAGCCGCCAUCUUGGUGGUGAUGCACCACACCUUUGAUCAUGAUCACGUGCCCCAGGAGGGCAGUGGGUAUCCCAAGAGGGACAACCUGCUGGUCGUGCACUGCUUGUUCCAUGAAGAUCAAGGCUUUCUGAAGUGUCAAAGGAAUUACGAAGCAAUUAAGAACAUCAUAGCAUGGCUCGAGUGCAAGUAUCCAAAUAGUGUGGCCCAUGAAACCUCAUCCAACAGGGCGGCAGACACAGUAUCCUGGGGAAUUGCAUCUAUAGGAAACUUCUUUUCAAAGUAG